AUGACGGGGGUCGGGUCCGGGAUCGGCGUACAGGGCCUCGGGGCGACGGGGACGCAGAGCGAGCUCGGGAACGGGUACGCGCCCCCGCGGGUGAGCGUGGACUCCGAGCUCGGGAGCGAGAGCGUGGGCCAUGGCCACGGGGAGAAGGAGCGGGACGGCGAGUCGGCGGCGGCGGCGAGCUUGGCGGAGGUCGCGACGCUCGUCGAGCCGAGCUUCGACGAGAACAUCUUGCGCAUGCUGUGCGAGACGGACUGCGGCGUGCCCCUCCUUCUGGACAGGAUCAAGCAGAGUAUGGCGUCAUGUAAGGAAGCAGCAUCGUUCUUGAAGAAACGCGCGGGCCUAGAGGACGAGUACGGGCGGCAGAUGCAGAAGCUGGCGCGCUCUACGGCGUCCGAGUAUGCGACGACGGACGGGAAGGCAGGGUCUUUCGUGCAAGCCUGGCAAGCGUCCAUGAGGACGCACGAGCAGAUGGCGGACAGUCGGCUGAAGUUUGCGAUGCGGCUGAACGAGAUGAGCGAGGAGCUCAACAACCUGGUGAAGGAGGUCGAUAAAAACCGGAAAGCGACAAAAGAGCUGGCGACUCGCUACGAACGCGCGUUGCAGGAAUCAGAAUCGCUGACGGAGAAGACUAAGGCGCGCUUUGACAUGACGGCGGAAGAGCUCGAGCGGCUACUGCUCCAGAAGGAGGGUGAGUCCCUGAAGGACAAUGCGAUGCAAGGCCGGUCACCCGUCAACGGCAAACGAGUCAUCGGGAAGGCAGUCGCGAAAGGCGGCAUGCUGCUGAAGGGUCGGAACCCCCAGAACCUCCAACGACAAGAAGACGAUAUCCGAGCGCGCAUGUCGAGCGCAUCGGACGCAUACCGCAAGGCUGUUACCGACACCCAGACGAUCCGGCAAGAAUACUUUAAUUUUCAGCUUCCGCGGAUACUACGAGCAUUGAAAGAGUGCGUAGAUGAGAUAGAUCUCGGCACCCAAUACCACCUCUCGCGCUACGCGUUCCUAUGCGAGAGUAUAAUACACAGCGAAGCGACGAUCCUCCAACCCCAAGACGACCUCGUUCUCGGCCUCAAGGCGACUAUGGAGUCCAUCGACAACCGGUCCGACUUCAAGACUUGGAUGCAGGCAUACGUCUAUGCGCAUGGCGGACAGAGCAACCGCGGUCCGCGGCGGAACGGUCCCCAAGACGAGGGCUUCCUCCCGCCCAUACCCGCGCUGCACCAUCCGGGCAGCUCGCCGAGCCUAGCGCAAGCACACCUCUCCGACAAGGGCCGGCCGACGUUUGGCGUGCACCUCGCGGAGCAGAUGGCGCGCGACGAUGUCGACGUGCCACCAAUCCUCACUAAGUGCUGCGAGCAUAUCGAGAAGUAUGGGCUGGACCAGCAAGGCAUCUACCGCGUCGGUGGCACCCACAGGAUAGUGCAGAAGCUGAAGGAGCGGCUUGAUCGAGACCUAGACUCGGUGAAUCUUGAGGUAGACGAGUGGUCGACUGACAUCAGCAAUGUCACGAGUGUGCUCAAGCUGUGGCUGCGCGAGCUGCCGGACCCGCUAUUCACGGCGAGUCAGCAUGCCGACUUCAUGGAGGCCGCAAGGAACGAGAACGAGCGUGCAAGGCACAUCCGAUUGCAUGAGCGCGUCAACGGACUCCCUGAUCCGAACUACUCGACAUUAAAGUACCUCAUGGGCCACCUGCACAAAGUCGUCCAGCAUGAGGCGCAGAACCAGAUGUCUGUACAGAACCUCGCGAUCGUGUUUGGCCCCACGCUAUUUGGACAGGUCCAGCCUGGGCUCAACGGCGCCAUGAACGGCAUGGCAGACGCGUCGCUGCAGAACAAGGCCGUCGAGACCAUCUUGGAGCAUUACACCGAUAUCUUUGUGGACGACGGCGAAGAGGCGUAG